AUGCUGAUAAGCUGGUUGAAGCGAUUGAGGAGAAGAGAAUGGAAGGCUGUGAUAAUUGGAGGAGGAUAUACAGCUCUUGAAGUUAUGUGCAGCUUUGAGAAUCAACAUUUGGAUGUUACUAUGGUUUAUCCUGAGCAAUGGUGCAUGCCUCAACUCUUCACUGCCGGUAUUGCUGCUUUCUAUGAGGGUUAUUAUGCUUAUAAAGGGAUCAGAAUUGUUAAGGGAACAGAUCUUGUUGGAUUUACAGCUGACUCUAAUGGCGGUAUCAAAGAAGUAAAACUAAAGAUGGCAGAGUGCUGGAACCGACAUUGUUUUUGUGAUGUAGAAACUAGACCUCUCACAUCAUUAUUCCGGGGACAGGUUGAGAGGAAUGGUGGAAUAAAGACUGAUGCAUUUUUUAGGACAAGUGUUCCUGAGGUGUAUGCUGUGGGAGAUGUCGCUACUUUUCCUGUGAAAUUGUACAAUGAGAUGAGAAGAGUUGAGUAUGUUGACCAUGCCUACAAAUCAGCUGAGCAUGUUGUUAAGGUCAUCAAGGCAAAUGAGAAAGGCAAAACGAUUGAUGAGUAUGACUACAUCCCAUCCUUGUUUUCUCGAGUCUUCGAUCUGUCGUGGCAUUUUUAUGGUGAAACUGUUGGUGAGACGGUGCUGUUUAGAAACAGGAAUCCAGCAUGUUCAGUGCGUAAGUUUGGAACAUACUGGAUAAAAGAGGGGAAGAUUGUUGGAGCAUUCCUUGAGAGUGGGACCCUUGAAGAAAAUAAGAAGAUUGCUGAAGUAGCUAGGCUUCAGCCUGCCGUUGAUAAUUUGGAUGUUGUAAUAAAGGAGUUGGGUCAUUCCUCGAAAGCUAUAUACAGGUGA